UUUCUUCACAACACUUCCUUCUUCACACACUCCUUUCUCUCUGCUCACCAACCACCACCACCACCACCACCACCAUUCCGGUUGUUCUUUUCCAGAGAGAGAGGAAAUGGAUAAAAUUUCACUUCUUUGUGUUCUUUCUCUAGUGUCCUUACUUUCUCUCAAGGUUGAUGCAAGAAUCCCUGGUGUUUAUCAAGGUGGCGGCUGGCAAUCUGCUCAUGCUACUUUCUACGGCGGCAGUGAUGCUUCUGGCACCAUGGGUGGUGCUUGUGGGUAUGGAAAUCUGUACAGCCAAGGUUAUGGAGUAAACACAGCGGCACUAAGUACAGCAUUAUUCAACAAUGGAUUAAGUUGUGGUUCAUGUUUUGAGCUCAAAUGUGCUAACGAUCCACAAUGGUGUCAUUCCGGCAGUCCGUCGAUUCUGAUCACUGCAACUAAUUUCUGUCCGCCGAAUUUCGCACAACCUAGUGAUAAUGGUGGUUGGUGUAACCCUCCUCGCCCUCACUUUGAUCUUGCUAUGCCUAUGUUCUUGAAGAUUGCUCAGUACCGUGCCGGGAUUGUUCCUGUUGCUUAUCGCCGUGUGCCAUGUAGAAAGAAGGGAGGAAUAAGGUUCACACUGAAUGGAUUCAGGUACUUCAACUUGGUUCUAGUAUCCAACGUCGCCGGUGCCGGUGAUAUCGUUCGUGUCAGCGUCAAAGGCUCAAGAACAGGAUGGAUGACAUUGAGUAGAAACUGGGGACAGAACUGGCAGUCAAACUCAGUACUAGUAGGCCAAUCACUUUCAUUUAGAGUAACAGGUAGUGAUCAUCGUACAUCGACUUCUUGGAACAUCGUUCCGGCUAACUGGCAGUUCGGACAGACGUUCACCGGAAAGAAUUUCCGGGUUUGAAAAACAACUAAUUGGAAAUCAAAGCUUUAACUUGGCGCCAUUUUGAUGGGGGGCCAUAGUUCUUGGAAUGUUUUUUUUUUGUGGUGUGUGAUGACAACAACAAAGUGAAAGUGAAAGUGAAAAUCAAUAGAGUACUUAAAAGUAUAGUAGAGUUUGUGUAUUUAGUUAAAGAAAAUAGAAGAAAUGGUGGUGGCGGAAUUUGAAUGUAAUGGCGGUAAAAGCUUAAGCUGUAGAGGUUGCUGAGAAAAAACCAAAAUGCAACCCACAGUUUUUGCUAUGGAUUAUAGUUUAAGGUAUAGUAUUAGUGAUUGAUGAUGAUUAUGAUUAAGAAUUAAGAUUAAUCAACUAAGUGUGGCUAUUUUUCUUGUUUUAGUUUUAUUUUUUUUAGAUAAUAUUGAUCAAUCAAUAUAAAGAAGCAUUUGUAUUA